AUGUCCGCCAUCUCCUUCAAAGAUAGUCUCAGCGAGGCGCUCGAGUGCGCAGGCCAGGAGGACAAGAUUGUUCUUGCUCUGCUCCAUGGCGACUUCGACGACGAGGCUGUAGAGCGCAUGGAGGAGACUCUGUGGAGCAACCAGGACAUCGUCAAGAUCAUGGAAAGGUGUGUAGUCGCAGUACGACUGAAUGUCGACACCAGCGAGGGAGGGAAGUAUGCAAAGAUGGUGGACAAGGAUGGAGGUAUUAUGAAGACUCUGUGCGAGACCCAUGACGUCAAGAUCGGCGACACGAUGAUGAUCGAGUGCUUGCUGGAGUGCGCGCCGCCAUGGUACAGGAAGGAGGUGGGCGUUGAGAGUAAGAAGAUGGAGAUGAGGGAGAAGAACAAUCAAGAUGACGCGGACAGCUCCCAAGCGAGCGUGCCGGAGGAGAAGAGCACCGGACAGACCUCGUCCUCCUGUGCCGUCCUCCUGUUUCGUUUCGCCGAUGGUUCGACAGUCCGUCGAGAGUUUGAAGCAGAUGAAGUGCUGGGAGGAGCCUUCGAUUUCGUCCAGGACCUGCCGGGUAGUGUGGAGGCAGACAAGAAGAAGUUGAUCUUUGUACAGUCCUAUCCCAAGCGUGAGCUCACGAGAAAGGAGCAUAGCAACAGGACCAUGAAGGAGCUGGGUCUAACCCCCAACGCAGCGCUCAUAGUCCUUGAGCGGGAGGAGGAGCAGAAGCAGCAGAAGCAAGGCUGGAUCGCCUGGGGCCUCUCCUUCCUCUUCGGCUCCAGCAACAGCAAAGAGGAUACUUCCUCCUCCUCCUCCUCCUCCUCCUCCUCCUCCUCCGCUGCUGCUGCUGGUGCUCAGAGUCAGCCAGCCCGGGGAACCUUCGCCACCAUCGACUCGGUCCGAGGGCAAGGAAGUGACGAGGCUAGAGAGGUGAGAGCAUGA